GUCGGGGCUCCUCCAAAAAAAAAAAAAAAGUAAAUAACAAUAAAAAAGUGCUGAAACUAAAAAUCACCGUUAGAUAAAGUUAAUAAAAUCAAACUUCCGGAUAUUUGAAAGUGGGAAAAAUGCCUACAGCACGUCUCUGUAUUGUCCGAGGUUGUAAAAAUGAAGAAGGACUUUCACUCUUCAGUUUUACCUAUGAGAAUAUGGACGCCUGGUUGCAUCAAUUGGGUAUGGAAGGCAGACAAUUAAAAAUGUCCUAUGAGAAAGUCUGCCAACGGCAUUUUACCGAGGAUAGUUUUGUGGGCUACAACAAGACAAAACUUAAGCCUGAUGCCGUUCCAACUUUAUAUUUGGGUCUGGACGAGUAUGGUGAAGAGGAGGAGGAGGAGGAGCACAGGGAAGUGGUGGAGAUAAAAAAGCCAGUGAAACCAAUCCAUUCUAAUUCAUCACGUCUCUGUAUUGUCCGAGGUUGUAAAAAGGAAGAGGGAUAUUCACUCUUCAGUUUUACCUAUGAGAAUAUGGACGCCUGGUUACAUCAACUGGGUAUGGAAGGCAGACAAAUAAGGAUGUCCUAUGAGAAAGUCUGCCAACGGCAUUUUGAUGAAAACAGCUUUGCCAACUACAACAGGACAAAACUUAAGCCUGAUGCUGUACCAACUUUAUUUUUGGGUCUGGACGAGUAUGGUGUAGAGAUGGAGAUGAAAAGGCCAGCGGCGCCGUUUGAAUUUCAUCCCAGCAUUUCGGAGGAAGAACGUCGUUUCUAUGUUAAAGCCUAUCCCACGGUUGAUGUGGUGCGCGAACGUAAAGUUCAUUGCACAGUGUGCAAAACACACAUUGGCACAGCUGCAGUUAACGAUGUGGGCAUUAAGAUGCAUCCGAUACUUCGUGUCUCACACUGCUUGAAAUGUCAUGACUUCUACAACAGUGGUGAAUUCAGCAAGGGUGAAGAUGGCUCCGAACUCUAUUGUCGUUGGUGUGGGCAAGGUGGUGAGGUGUACUGCUGUUCCAGUUGCCCCUAUGUAUUUUGUAAAUCGUGCAUUGUGAAGAACUUGUCUCGCGGCGUUGUGGCUGAUAUUGAACAAAACGAGAAUUGGAAUUGUUUCAGUUGUGCUCCGAAAAUACUAUGGCCAUUGCGGGCACAACAUUGGGCCUUGAUGAACUACAUUGAUCAACAGAAGAAGGAAGCCUAUGCCAUGAAUCUAAACGAAACGGAAUUGCAGCAACUUUUAAGAAAAGAUCGCAGCAAAUGUUGCCGUUUAUCCAAAACCAAAUGUGGUAACAUGUCUGAUUCCUUGGAGAGCUUGGACUCUGUUCUCUCCAAGCGCAGCCAUGGCAGCACCGGUUCCGCUAAGAAGACUCAGAAACAUGCCACUCCUUCGCCACAGCCUCCAAAUGCCAAGCGUGCUAAAACCAACGAUGAGGUUGUUUGUACUCCCGAUUUGCUUAGCAUGUUGGAACCCGAUUGUCAGAUAACAGUGGCGCAGAAGAAUAAUCAACAGCGACCAAUGCAAUCACCAUCAACAUCUACACCCAGAGUUGUGACCAUACAGCCUCAAGGAGGCUUUAGUGGGUCCGGUGGUGUGAAUGUGACUUCUACACCCAAAAGCUCGGUACCGCCACCAUUGAUUUUGAGAAAUACUGGCAUAAAACUACGCCCAGCUGCACAACCACCAAUAGUACGACGUACAGUCAUAGGGCCAAGAGCACCGGUGCCGGGCGGAAAUGGCACUCCAGUUUAUCAUACCAUAAAUGGUUUUCGCAUUGAUUUGAAUACAGCUGCCCAACAAGAAACUUUCCGUUUGCCCAAUGGCAAACUUAUUCAGGUAAAGAGACAAGGUCCACCUCCAGGUCAGGGAGCCAGUCCCAACCAACAAGUACAUCUCAAUCAAUCUCCCGGCAGUUGGCCACAAUUAUCAGCCCAACAUCAAACGCAACAACAACAACAACAGCGGGUUGUUCCGCAAACCAUUGCCUCUAGGCCGGUACAAAUAACCCAACAUCCGUAUCCAGGUCCAAAUAUACCAGGCCAGCCACCGGUUGUACGUUACCAUAACAACAUGAUUGGAACCACAACCAUCAAUGCCAUUGGCCAUAAUGGAGGACCCUUACAGGCCAUUAAUGGGCAGAUCGCUGCACCAACACCAGUAAACAUUCAACAAAAUGUUCCACCAUUAGUCCCUGGAGCUCCCAUACGGCCAGUAAUGGUGCGGCACAUUUUCCCUGAAACUCCAAUUGGGCAGGCACGCACACAACUGCAAGAGCAAGUCUUCAAUGCCAUGGAAAUUUGUACACAUCUUACGAACAAAGUUCAAACUCUUACAAAUUCCAAUGCCUACAAACAGGCCAAAAACUAUUUGGAAGUCAAGGAGCUCUAUAUACAUUUGUCAUAUUUAUUGACUUAUGCCAUUGGACGUUUUAAGGGUUUGCAAGAUAAGUGUUUGGCCGAUAUGCGGCAUCUUGGUUUUGGCAAUGAUGCGGAUUGUUUAGAAAAUGGCCAACUGGCUGCCGACAAACAAGCAAGCGAUGAUGAGGACAAUGAGAUCGAAAUUGUGGAGCCCAAAACCGAUCUCAUUAACCUCGAUUCCGACGACGAUGAUCCACCACCACCCCCACCACCUCCUAUAGUUAAAAAAACAUUGCCUUCAACACCCACAACAAUAGCGCAGGCCAGAGUGGUUAUUUCGCCAGAAAUCAUCAACAUACAAAAACCACCAUCGGCCGCACCCAAUAAUGUUAUAGCUGUAGGAACUUAUGUGCCCCCAGCACUGGCACCGUUACAAGCAAAACCAUCUACUCCUGCUGCAAUAGUUCCAACGCCAUGCGAAGAAGAAGAAAAUUUGGACCUUAUGUCGAUGGCCCAAAGUUUCUUGGCUAGCAUGCUGGAAGUCGAUAUAAAUGAAGGCUCCCACAGCUCACCUUCCGGUUCCGAUUCGCCACAGGUAAAGAAACAGCCACGCAAAAAGACCACCCAUAAACCUAAUCCUACGUUGCUCAAACAAAAGGCCAUGAUGGAGAGGGAACGUUUGGAGGAGAUGAAACGUAACGAUCAUAAAUUAAAAAUGAAAUGUGCUGUAAAAUUAACAAAGGCUGAGGAACAGUAUCCCAUUGCCAAGCAAAUGUUAAGGGCCAAACUCCAGGAGAAACAGAAACAAAAACACGACGAGGAGGAUGAGACCCUAAAAAGGCAAAAGGAAAUGGCCAGCACAACCAUGAUGGUGAAUACAGGCCAGGAAACUAUCGAAGUGCAAUUAGUUAUAGAAGAUGAUGUGUUGAAUAGCUCAACAGAAGAAGCAAAGGAGACAGAAGAACGAUCUAAGGGCGAAAAGGAAGAUGAAAUCAUAAAUAUAAGUCAUGAUGAAAGUGUGGAACAAAAAGAAUCGCCAAAAGAAAUCUCCCUGAUUGAAGAAGAGCAGAAAAAGCAGUCUCCAAGUAAAACUGUUGAUAAAGAUGAUGAAGAAAAAGGCAAUGACAAAGAAGUCUCUGCAGAAAAAAAUAUUUUAACAGAUGAAGAAGAAGAAGAGGAGUCUAUAACAAAAAUAAUUAUAACCGAGGAAGAAGUUAAUGAUGAAUCUGCCAGCAAAACUGAUGAAAGGGGGGAACAAGAAAUGAUAGAGAAGUCUAAGACCGAUAAUGAAGAUGAUGAUGAUCUAGACAACAGCAAUGAAGAAGCGUCCAGCCAUGAGGAGGUUAAGCAUACAAGUGAAAUUUUGGAACUUUUGGAUGAGGUUUUAAAUGGAAAAGAUGAGGACAAGGGCAGCAAACAGAGGGAAAUUAUUGAAAAUAAACCAACCUCUAUCACCACUGCCGAUAGCCAAGCAUCACAAAUGGAUGUUGAUGCCGACAUGGCAGAGGAUGAAAUUGGUCAUAAGGAAACAAACGAAGAAGAUAUAGAAGAUGCCGAGGUGUAUAAGGAAAUUGAAAGGGUAUUGCAAAGGCAAUCUAGUAAAGCAACCGAAGAAGAAGAAGACCUAACAAUGGCAGAAGAAAAGGCAACAGAGGUGGAAAACCUAAACUCGACAGAAAAGGAAAACCCCAUAGUAGCAGAAGAUCAAAAUGAAUUUAAAGAGACCAGAAAAGACUCUAAAGGAGAAGAAAAUAAAGAAGAAGAAGCAAAGGAGAACGAAGGAAAAGAAGAAGAAGCAAAAGAGGAAGCAGCAAAAGAGGAGGAAGCAAAAGAGGAAGAAGCGAAAGAAGAAGAAGAAGUUAUUGAAGAGAACGAAAUGGAAGAGGAAAAAGAAGAUAUGAACGUAAUUGAAGAAAUUUUGAAAAAUGAAACUACCACAGAGCCUAUGGAUGUGGAUAUAACCCCUGAAGAAAAUUCAAAAGCUGAAAAUAAUGUUCCAACAGCAACAGAGGUGGAAAUGAAAGAGCCUGUGCCUAUAAUUUCCUCUGACAUGAAUGAAACAGAAAGCAAUAUUGCGAAAUUAUCUAUACCCGAAAUAAAUAGCACCGAAUUAAUAGCGACUGCCAUUUGUACGGGCGAUGAUCUUUCCACAAAAGAGAAAAACACAACUCACGCUGGAGAUAGUUCUGUAACGGCAGAUAAAAUAGCCAGUAAUGGCAACGUUUAGUUUUUAAAACAAGUUUAACUUUUGCAGGAAAACCCCCAUAACGUAAAACUCUCCUCUAUAUUUAAAAUUAUAGAUGAGCAUUAUAAAUAAUUAUUUCUCAAAUUAAAUUUAGUUGUAAACAACAAUCACCCACACACACACAAUCAUAUACAUACAUAUGCAUAAUAGGAACAGCAAGUUAGUUUAUGGACUUGAAGGCUAGGAAGUUCUAAGAAAUUUUUAGGCAAUAUUUUUAAGUACAGAUUUAAAUUAGAAAUUUUCAAGAAUUUACCAAAAUAUAUUGGUAUCAAAAUAUGCAUACGGGAUGCAUUUUUUCUAUGCAAAAAUAAAUAUUUGUUCAUGUUUUCAAAAAAAAAAAAAAUUGUUUUCCAAUUUCUCCAUAAUGUUUCUCCAUAUGGAGAAACAUUAAUACCUCUACUCAAUAACAAGUUUUUACAUAACCAUGAAAAUUCACUACUUGGGAAUUUUAAUAAAGGGAAUUUUUUCAUCUUCGAAUUAUAUUUAAUAAGUGUAUAAUUAUUGCUCUUAAAAAUUAUUUUAAACUCCUAUGUAAAUAUAUACAAUUAUGUGUAACAUAAAGAGCUAAAUCGAUUGCAAUCAAUACAAUAUAUUAAUUGAUUUCAACAUUUCUAAAUUGGAGCUUUUGUUGUUUCAUUUGAAGAGAUAUCAUUUAUCAACAUAUUCAAUAACUUUUCUGUUAAUCUAAUGAAAAGAACACACACACUGAGCAGAAUAUACGAUUUUUUUAUAAGAUACAUUCAUAUUUUUAACAGAACUGAACUGUAAUAAAAACUCCCUUAGGGUUGCUUUGAAACUUCAUUAAAAAAUUAUAUUUGAUAAAGCUUAUUAUGUAACCUAUUGCUAUAUAAUCUACGAGCCGAAGCGGGCCCGCUUCACUACGCCUUCUUUAACUCUCUAACAUCUUUUUGGGGUGGGGCACUUCGCCCUGAAUGCGGAUGGCACCUCAGACAUUUCGAUUCAAAUAUGGAUAUCAACUUCUUGCUGCACUUCCAAAUUCCUUUAAAUGGAGCCCCAUAUUGCCAUGGUCGGUAGGUUAAGUUAGGUAAGAGUGGCUGACCUUUACAGACUCACUUAGACAAUUUUAAGUCGAUUGUGAUACCACAGUAGCGACAGAGCAAGGCUUCUGGUGGGAAUCGAACCCACGACCCCUGCACUGGUUGUUGUUGUAGUUGUAGUAGCAGUGUGUGGUACACUGAGGCAGCAGCCCUUGCCGAUGAAGGAAUUCAUCGGGCCAAUCCGGUACAUACAACCGGCUGCCAUGGGAUUGCCCCCUGCACUGGUAAUCCAAGCACGCUACCAACUCGGCUACCCGGACGCCAUGGCCGGUAAAUAUGAACCGUUUGGAGGGUGUUUUUGGGGCUGGGGCGGCCACCGGCACUUUGUACUGAAAAUAGAUAUCAAAUUUGUUCUUUAUUCCCAAUGGAAAUGAAGUUCAGUUUAGGGGGAGCUUUAGGGCGUACCCCAAAACACUUGGCUCCAAAAUUGGAUAUCAAAUACAUUUUAUACUCUAAAUACCUUUCAUUUGAGUCCCAUAUUGUCAUAAUGGGACAAAUAACCCAUUUGAGGAAAAGCGCCACCUAGACUUGAACGCAAAUUUUAAUGUCAUAUUCGUAAUAUACUCCUUUCAUUUGAGUCCCAUAUAGCCAUGUUCGGCUAAUAUGCUCAUUUGGGGGUGGGCGACCUCCUUCCCAUUACUUGGACCUAAUGUUUUAUGCCAUUUUUGUAAUCUACUGCCUGAUACUUUUCAUUUGAGUCCCAUAUCGGCUUGAACUUUGAAUAUAUCUGUUUAGAGGAGUUUUGGGGUUUGGGGACCCGCUGGGUACUUGGUUCCAAAUGUUAAUGCCAUAUUCGUUUUCUUGUCUCCAAUACCUUUCAUUUGAUACCCUUAUUGUGCCCAUAUGGGUGGUGUUUUUGGGGUAAGGUGGAGGGUCCUCCUCCACCCGAUAUCUAAAAAUUAUAUAGUCUAUGUUCCUUCCAGACAAACGUACACAAUCUAUGAAAAUUUUAAAAAAAUCGGUUCAGCCAAGUAUCAUAAUGGGUCAAAUGGCGUUUUUGAGGGUUGGCGUGACCUCCUAUACUUCGUUCUGAUUUUGUAUGCCAGAUUCGAAAUCUACUCCCGAAUACCUUUCAGUUUUGCGGUUGGGGCGGCCCGAUGGGUACUUAGACUCAAAUUCUAAUGCCACAUUCGUAUUCUACUCUCCAAUACCUUUCAUAUGAUACCUAUAUUGUUUCGAUUGGUCCUAUUUUGAUUUUGAGUUGUGUUUUUGGCAUAAGGGGGACAGGGUCCGUCCCCCUUCCUAUACGAAAAAUUAUAUAGCCCAUGUUUCCUUCCAGAUCAACCUACACAAUAUGCGAAAAUUUCGAGAAAAUCGGUUCUGCCGUUUUUCAGUCUAUACGGAACAAACCAACCGAGACCCAUAUAUCCGUGAUUGGUUAAUGUGCCCAUUUUGGGCGUUUUUGUGUGGGUGGGGUGAGCCUCUAUACUUCGACAUGAAUUUGUAUUCCAGAUUCGUUAUCUACUCCCUCAUACUUUUCAUUUGAUACCCAUAUUGUCCUUAUCGGUCCACUUUUGAUUUUGGGUGGUAUUUUUGGGGUAACGGUGGAGGUUGCGCCCCCUUCUGUUGUCUAUAAAUUAUCAUAUUCGUAAACUACUUCCGAAUACCUUUCAUUUGAGUCCCAUAUUGUCAAGAUCGUCAAAUAAACCUAUUUUAAGGGGUUUUGGUGCUGGGGCGGCCCCCAGGUACUUGCACCCAACUUUUAUUAUGAAAUUCGUACUCUACUCUUAAAUACCUUUCAUUUGAAUGCCAUAUUGUCCCGAUCGGUCCGCUUAUAUUUUUGGGUAGUACUUUUGGGGUAAGGGGGAGCGUCCGUCCUCCUUUCGAUAUUAAAAAAAUUAUAUAGCCUAUGUUUCCUUCCAGACCAACCUACAGAAUCUGUGAAAACUUCAAGGUAAUCGGUUCAGCCAUUUUUGAGUCUAUACAGAACAAACAAACACAAAUUGAAUUUUAUUUAUAAGAAUAGGACAAUUGUAGAAAAAAAUCCAUGUAUUUGUCAAAAGUAAAUCCUAAUUUUCAAUAGAAUACAAACAAAAAUUACUCUGCUCCUUGGGUGCGAUACACGUUUACCAAUUGUUGCUUUUGAAGUCAUAUAUCGAGUAUCACGGGCAUAUAGUAUUUUAGCAAGAGCCGGUGCUGCCCGGCCUCUCCACUCGAUACCACUAAUUGUGCGCGACUGCAGUUGCAGCUACUCCGUAUACUAUCCGCAAUCUGUGAAUACUCCCGGUGGCUCUCAGCUGAGCUUCUCGUGAGGGCGAUGAACACACAAAAAUGGGGGCUUAAUUUGAGCACUGCACGGCUCAUACUCAGCCUGCGUUGUAUAACAGUUGUUGUUGUAACAGUGUAUUGUACACUGGCUACAGCCGUUGCCUAUGAAGGACUCCAUCGGCUCAAUCCGGUACGUACAACCGGCUGCCAUGGUUGUAAUCUAGUACGUGCAGUAGGCGUAAACGAACGGGUGAGGUGUGUCAUGUGAUUCCUGGAUACAGGAUACAUAUAUCAAAUUAAAAAAAAAAAACAUACAAAACUAAAAUUAUAUAACAGGGGUUUCCGACAAAAGGUGUUAUUUUGAAUCACCCGGUAUUUCAGUAGCUGAAAAAUAGAAAAACAGAAAAUAGGCUGCAAAAAACACCCCUAAAUCGGACAUAUUUACCUACCACGGCAAUAUGGAACUCAAAUGAAAGUUAUUUAGUGGGAGUAGAGCACGAAAUUGAAACCCACUUUCGGAACCAAGUUUCUAGGAUUCCACCCCUUCCCCAAAACACUUAUUAUUUACUGACCAUGGCAAUAUGGGGCUAAAAAAAGGUUUUUGAGAGUUGAAUACGAAUGUGACAUCCAAAUUGAGGACCAAGUGGAGGGGGAGGCCGACCCUCCCCCAAAACACCACUCAAAAAGACAAAUUUACGACCAUAGCAAUAUGGGGCUCAAACGGUAUUUGGGAGAAGAGCACGAAUCUGAUAUCAACAUUCGGGACCAACUGUUUUGGGGAUAUCCCACCGCUAUAAUCAAAUGAUUAGUAAUGGGGACUAGAGCACGAAAUUGAGACCAAGUUUUUUGGGGUCUACCACUUCC